AUGUUGCCACUGCAUAUCACCAAGUAUCGCCAUCACAUUGGAGGGCAAAGUGAGCAGACACGCCUCACCUAUCAAUCCUGUUGUCGUACUAGCCUCAACACCACCACCAUGUCUUCCUCCAAAGUCUCCGUAGCGGAGAUAACCAAACACUCCUCAGCAGACAACUGCUGGGUCGUCGUCAACGGCAAAGUCUACGACCUCACCAACUUCGCCCCCGAACACCCCGGAGGCGCCGAAGUGGUCUACAAAUGGGCCGGCAAAGACGGCUCAGAAACCUACAACCAAUUCCACUCCUCAUCCCUCAUCGACGAACAACUCUCAGAUUCCGAAAAGAAAGGACCCCUCGACGAAUCAACCAUAACGCAAACCUGGCUCGACGCGCAAAAUCGCGAAAUGCCCGGCCCGGACAAAGAAGCUGAUCCCAACGAGAGACCUCCUUUGGCGAGUUUGAUCAAUCUAGAUGAUUUCGAACGAGCAUUCGAGAAAGCUGGCAGCAAGAAAGCCUGGGUCUACAUCUGGGCCGGCUCCAACGAUCUCCUAUCCCUCCACGCGAACAAGACCUGGUGGGCGAAACUCUGGUUCCGACCGCGAAUAAUGCGCAACGUCUCGAGCGUGAACACCAGAAUGAAGAUCCUGGGCGCAGACGUCUCGAUGCCUGUGUACAUCGCCCCCAUGGGGAUCGCGAAGCAAGCUGGCCCUCAAGGAGAAGCUGCGCUGGGAGCUGGAGCGGCGGGGAGUGGGAUUGUGCAUUGCAUGAGUACGACGGCGAGUAUGUCGAUUGAGGAGAUCCUGGCGAGCGUGCCGUCGACGCAUCCAUAUUUCUUUCAGCUGUACGUUGACCGGAAGAGGGAGAAGACGGAGGCAGUGUUGCAGAAGCUUGAGAAGAUUGAGCAGAUCAAGGCGAUUUUCGUGACCGUUGAUCUGGCAGUUGUGAGUAAACGGGAAGCGGAUGAGAGGUUGAUUGUGCAGGAGACGGUCUCUGUGUAUGCGAAUUCGGCGACGUCGAAUGUUGAUAAGAAAGGAGCUGGACUGGCGAGGACGACGGGUGGGUUCAUUGAUCCUGCGCUGGAUUGGGGGGAUAUUGCGUGGAUUCGGAAAUAUAGCUCGAAGCCGAUUGUGGUGAAGGGGGUCCAGUCCGCGGCGGAUGCGAAGAUGGCGAUGCAGAUGGGGUGUCAGGGAAUUGUGGUUAGUAAUCAUGGCGGCCGGGCGCUGGAUUCGAGUCCAGGCACGGUCGGAAUCUUGCUCGAGAUUAGGCGCGACUGCCCCGAGGCUUUCCAGAAGAUGGAAGUCUUCGUCGACGGCGGUGUCCGCAGAGGCAGUGAUGUGCUGAAAGCGGUGAUGAUUGGAGCAAGAGGCGUGGGAGUGGGGAGGCCGUUCCAGUGUGCGGUUAUGUAUGAUCAGGAAGGGGUGGAGCAUUGUGCUGCUGUGCUGCAAGACGAACUCGAAACCGCCAUGCGCCUCUGCGGCGUAACAGAUCUCGAGAAAGUCCGAGGCGACCUCUCAUACCUCAACACAGUCGAGCUCGAGCGAAUGCUGCCUACUAGACCUGCAGGGCCAUGGAGUCGGUGGUUUGGCAGGACGCAUUCGAAGUUAUAG